AUGGCUCAGAUGAUGACGACUGGUGGACACUUGAGAGCGGAGAUACUCUCAGCUGGGGAUUCAAGGACAACGAGCUGGGGACAACGUGUUUCUGGUGUUACGCUAACAAUAACGGUCAAGAUGCACGCGAUUCGGGCAAUUGGUACAUUCAUCAGAAUGUUUGGGGACACGGAAACACCGGCUGCGACGGAGCGCCGGGAAAUAACGCAGGUGUCGAUGAUAACGGAC